CACCAGCGCUUUCUGUUACAAUGCAACAUUUUAAGACCACCAAAAAAGGAAGAAAAGUUGAUUUCUGAACCAUUUUUAACGCAGAAAAGUGUCGAAACGAAAAGAAAAUGCAUAUAGGUGUCCCAUACUUAAAAAAAUGUUUGAAAUUCUUGAUUGGAGGUAUACUUAUAGUAAUAUUAUUCUUCCUUUUUUUACAAGUGCAACCUUCAGAAGGACAGCAAGUAUUAGAUGCAACGCCUGCAAGUGAGUUAAGAAGAUUGAGGUCGGAUUUGCUGAAGAAUUAUGAUAAGAUUACACUUCCUGUUUUAAACCAGUCUCUUCCUAUUACCGUCAAACUGUUGUUCGAUAUUCAGUAUAUUGUUUCAUUGGAUGAAAAGUACCAGAUUUUGACAGUGAAAGGAAUACUGAUGCUGAAAUGGAUAGAUGAACAUCUGAAGUGGGAUUCUGGAAGUUAUAGUGGUAUUUCAGCUGUUCGGUUUUCACCUCAAGAAGUCUGGCUGCCUGAUAUCCAUUCCUUAUACAAUGUUAAAUCGGUAGAUAUAUUUGACAAAGAUCAUGGGGCGCCAGUACUGGUGUACUCUAACGGGUCUGUUAAGUGGUAUCCUCCAGCUGUGUUUGAUGUACCUUGCAGCACUCAGUUCAAACAUUAUCCUUUCGAUCGCCAUAACUGUACAAUCGUUUUUGGAUCCUGGUCCCACUUGGGAGAUGCCAUCGUCUUAGAAACAAUUGAAUUGCCACUAGCGCCAUCAAAUGAAGCACAGAGCAGUGAAUGGGUUUUAACAAAUGUGACGCAUGAAAAUUUUAUAUAUACUAUGCAGAAGGAAUACUACAAAUACCAUGUUGUUAACGUACAUGUUUAUCUACAAAGAACUUCACGAAUUUAUCGAUAUAUAUGUGUGGUACCGUCUCUGAUUGCACUCUUUUCCACACUCUUUGGUUUCUGGCUGCUGCCACAUGAAACGUCUCGUUACAUGAUUGGUUGUUCAAAUAUCAUCGUGAUGUCUCUGCUGCUACAACAUCUUGCUAUGACCACACCAGCUGGGAAAGACAUUCCUUUAAUAGCACAGUACAGCGCUACAUGUCUUUGCAUGUCUACCUUGUUUGUUUUGAUCACAGUGGUAACGAAUCUCCUCAGAGAUUCCUCUGGAGCACCACCGAAUGGUCUAGUGCGUUUGGCUCAUGGUACUCUGGAUAAAUACCUCUGCUUGUUUAUGUUUUCUUAUUUUACAAAUGAAGACAAAAUUCUUGCAGAAGUGUCUUCAGAGACUCGUAGUGUGACUUCGCUUGAGGAAGUUAAAAAACGGAACGACUGGAUUUGUGUCUCUCUGGUGAUAGAUAGGAUUGCAUUUUUUGUAUUCACCUUCAUUUAUAUCAUUCUAAUUAUUGUUCUAGCUUCUGUGUAAAAGACUCAACUGUAAAAUUACAGUUUUUAUUCGCUUGUAAGAAUUAAUAAAGCCCUUUGAUGGAAUAA